CAACACUAUUAUUCACCAAUCAAAAGAAAGAAGAAAAAAAAUCAUGAAGAUGACCGCGGUGGUAUAUGUGCUUGCGCUGCUAGCCGGUGUUACCACUUCCCGCGGCGGCGUUGCGGCGGAGGAAGCCACGGCGAUGUACUACGCUUCCCUUGACGGGAUAGGAGGGCCCACCGGAGCUUGUGGGUACGGAGAAAUCGGGUUAACUUACAACAUGGGCUACGUCGCCGCCGUCUCCGAUCCGAUGUGGAACAACGGCCUCGCUUGCGGCUCUUGCUACCAGGUAACGUGCAACGUGUCGGGCGUGUGCAACAGCGAAGGAGUGCGCGUGGUGGUAACCGACGCCGGCAACGGCGACGGAAGCAACAGGACGGCCUUCGUCCUCAGCCAGCGCGCGUUGCAAGGCAUGGCCGUGCCGGCCAUGGCCUUGCAGCUGACGCAAAUGGGCCCCGUCGGUAUCAACUACCACAGGGUUCCGUGCGUGUAUCCCGGCGCCGGCGGGAGCCGGAAGCUGGCCGUGAAAGUGACGGACGAGAGCAGGUUCCCGGACUAUUUGUCGGUAGUGCUGCUGUACCAGGCGGGCGAGUACGACUUGCUGGAGGUCAAAGUGUUGGACCGCACGGCUAAUCAGUGGAUCGGCGUGCCCCAUUCGUACGGCGCCGUUUUCGCUUUGGCUGAUCCGCCGACGGCGAGCCCCGUGACGCUGCUGUUGGAGUUCAAGGGUGAAGGAAAGGAGAAGGGCGUGUUUCAUUUGGUGCAUAUUCCGCAGCAUUGGACGCCUGGUGCUGAGUACGAGACUAGGGUUUCACUUUGAGCUUUGCUAAUUAUUAAUUAAUUAGGGAAGAUAAUCGGCUGUUAGGGGGUUCUUAUUAUUAUUAUCGUUUUUUUAGUGGGUUGAAAUUAGAGGAAAUUAAGCAAAUAGCAUGGAAGCCCCUUUUAUUAUUUUGAAUAUUUCUACGUAGCUAA